UUGAGAACACUAGACUUCGCAUUGACAUUAUAACCGUGUAUAUAUAUUCUACUGUCUUUUGAUUUUAUUAUAAAAUAAACUUAGCCAGUGUUAAAUAUUGUGUUGAGUUAUUAACGGAGAAUCAAUCAUCACUAACAAUGUCUUUGAUAUUUUACGAGAAUUUUACCAUUUUUUGAAGAAAAUGAAUCGCCGCAGUCUACGAAAUCGUAUUUUUGAUGAAAAUGAGUUGGAAAGUGAAAGUUCAGAGCUUGAGACAUCGAGUGAAUAUGAAGAAAAUGACGAUGAGCGAUCUGAAAGAUCGAGUGACGAUAGCUUUGAAAGUGAUUCAUCGGAUAUCGAACCACUGUCACAAGAAAUUUUAGAAGGUAGCGCAGUAAAUCUCGAUAUUCGCAUGAAUUCGAAAAAUGGAUUGAUCGAGUAUACGAAAGAACCAUUUGUACGCGGUAGAAGAUUUUCUUUUCGACAUCAAUCGAAUGUUUCUAAAGGUCCCACUGCUUUUGCUAUUUCUGCGGUUGAUUCUCCUCUAUCGGCUUUUGUUUUGAUCCUUUCGCCAAUUGAAGAGCAUAUUCUCAGAAUGACAAAUUUAUUUGGUGCAAGAACAUAUCGCAACAACUGGGAACAUUUGACAAUUCAGCAAUUGCGUGCGUACUUCGGAUUGCUUCUUCUUGCUGGUGUUUACCGGUCAUAUGGCGAGUGCGUUACGCAGUUGUGGAAUGUAGAUAAAGGCAGAGCUAUUUUUCGCAAAACCAUGAGCCUUGACAUGUUCAAGAAAAUUCAAAGGUGCAUUCGUUUUGAUGACCGCGAGGAACGUAAUCGGCGUGAUAAGCUUUCACCUAUUCGAUUUGUGUUUGACAAAUGGACUGCACAUCUCAAGACAUUGUAUACUGUUGGAAAAACAGUCACAAUAGACGAACAACUUGUUCCGUUCCGUGGCCGAUAUCCAUUUCGCCAAUACGUUCCAUCAAAACCGGCAAAAUAUGGAAUACAAAUUUGGAUAAUUUGCGAUUCAGAGUCCUAUUACACUCAUAAUGCUCAAGUUUAUCUUGGCCGUGUUGCAAACACUGCUGUGGAAAGAAAUGUUGGGCAACGUGUUGUGCUCGAUUUGUGCCAUGGGCUGACAAGUAGAAACGUUACUUGUGACAAUUUUUUUACAACAUACGCGCUGGCUAAAGAUUUGCACAAGCAAAAAAUGACGAUAGUGGGAACAAUACGAAAGAAUCGAGCUGAAUUACCACCAAUACUGCUCGAUAUGAAGCGAAAGCCAGUUUUUCAUACAGAAUUUGUUUAUGAGCCACAAUUGCAAGCCAUUUUGUUGUCAUAUGUUCCAAAAAAAAAUCGAUUUGUGACAUUGUUGAGCACAUAUCAUCGAGGCUUAGAAAUUGAUCAAUCAGCGAAGAAGAAGCCAAAUUUGAUUACUUUUUACAACAAAACUAAAGGUGGAGUAGAUACGCUCGACCAAAUGGUAGGAACGUUUCGAUCAAAGAGAAAAGUUAAUCGUUGGCCAAUGGCUCUCUUUUGCAAUAUGCUAGAUAUAAGUGCAUUGAACGCUUAUAUUAUUUUCACCCAUAUUUUCUCUGAUUGAAAUAGAAAAAAAACAAAUAUUAACAUUCGUCGUAGAUUGUUUCUUGAGGAAUUGGGUGAAGCACUCACAGUUCCAUUUGCUACAAACCGUAGUCAUCCACCACGUUUUUACGUUUCCUAAAUAUUUAUUCUUUUUUCGCAUUUUUGUUUUCAUUUAACAUCGUUUUGAAAUUAAAAAUCAUUGUAUUAAUGAGGAAUGAAUAAACAAUAAAAGUCGUGCAAAAAAUGUAUGGGUCUGCUUUUACUUUAAUUGGAUUUUAAUCCUGUAUUCGUGCGCAUACCAAACAACGUAUAUGUAAUACGAAUUCUAACAACCGAUGAGGGAUAAAGGAGGUUCCAGAAAUCGCCUGCAGCGCGCUCUAUAAUCAACAUUUUCAUAAAUAAAAAAUUUUGUUACGUUCUUGAAGGAUGCUUUUAUAACCGUCAAAAAUUUUCAAAUUAAAAUAUUCUGAAGUUUCUUCAGGAUAAAUCCUUGACAACCCGUCUUUUAUUUGCUUCAUAACUGCGUAUAACCCCUUAAGUUAAUUCUAUAACGUUAGCUUUGUAGGGUUUAAAGCAAACAGAAACCGCUUUAUAAAAAAGAAGCUGUCGCUGAAAAUAGAAAUGCGACUAUUAUCACGUAAAGUGGAAAAAAAUUCCACAAAUCAGACAUAAAAAAUGUCUAGUAAUAUAUAUAAAAACAAAUACUAAUGUUAUCCAAAGUGGAAAAUCCCACACACAAAUGAGACAUAAAAAAAAUUUCAAGAAUAUUUCAACCAACAUUGGUCAAGAGACAAAAAACUCAUGCAUAGAUCCUUAAGUACCAGGCGUUUGGGUAGAAAUUUUGUUUGUAUUCGAUCAAGUCAUAUUGGUUCAAUUCCAGUUUACUCGAUGGUUCGAGUGACGACAAUCGAAGUGGUUCAACUCCACCAAAAAGCUAUAUUGAAGUGAAAAAUAGA